GUCAUUAUGUUUUAGUCUUAUUUAGUGCAAAUUUCACCAAUAUUUGAUCUACUCCACCUAGUCAGAUAAGGGUUUUGUUGUUGUUAUUUGUGGUUGUAUCUCUUCUCCCUUUCUCCUCCAUCUUACUGUCUUACACUCGUUCACUAUGAAAUUGCUGAGAUAGCAUCGACAAAAUCGCGAGAAAAUGCACAGAUUUUCCUCGAAUUCAAUUUCUUCCAUCAAGAAAUUAUAUCGCUCAUCACUACCCAUUAAAUCUUUGGGUGGAAUAAUCCAAUAUGCCAAUCUCUCAAACUCGCAUAAUCCUCACGAGUAUCAUCACCGGUUUCCUCAGUCAGAGCUAGAUCAUAUCGAGCAAGAAAUGGGGGUUGGAUAUGUACGUUUAGAGAGAGAACCCCAAUGUAGCAGUGCCCGUGACCCUAAUUUUGAUGAAUUUGAGGCGGACGUCGAGAAAAUCUAUCGGAUUUUGAGGAAGUUCCACUCAAGGGUUCCGAAAUUGGAGCUUGCUUUGCAGGAAUCUGGGGUGGUUAUGCGUUCUGGGUUGACUGAACGCGUGUUAAAUCGUUGUGGGGAUGCUGGAAAUUUAGCUUAUCGGUUCUUUGAUUGGGCGUCUAAGCAGCAGGGUUACAAGCACAGCUAUGAUGUUUACAAGGCGAUGAUUAGGGUUUUAGGGAAAAUGAGACAGUUUGGGGCAGUUUGGGCAAUUAUAGACGAAAUGAGGAGGGAGAAUCCGCAACUGGUAACCCCUGAUGUGUUCGUGAUUUUAAUGAGGAGGUUUGCUUCCAGAAAGAUGCUUAAGAAAGCGAUUGAGGUGCUUGAUGAAAUGCCUAAAUAUGGUUGUGAACCUGAUGAGUAUGUCUUUGGGUGUUUGUUGGAUGCAUUGUGUAAGAAUGGUAGUGUAAAAGAGGCGGCUUCUCUAUUUGAAGAUAUGAGAAUGAGGUUUACACCUACCCUCAAGCACUUCACUUCUUUGCUGUAUGGAUGGUGCAAGGAAGGGAAGCUCAUGGAAGCCAAGCAUGUGUUGGUUCAAAUGAGGGAGGCCGGGUUUGAACCGGAUAUUGUGGUGUAUAACAACUUGCUUAAUGGCUAUGCAGUUGCAAGGAAGAUGACUGAUGCAUCUGCCCUUCUCCAAGAGAUGAGGAGAAAGGGCCGUGAGCCAAAUGCAGCUUCUUACACCGUGUUGAUUCAGGCACUUUGUACUUUGGAGAGAACCGAGGAAGCAAUGAGGGUCUUUGCAGACAUGGGCAGAUGUGGUUGUGAUGCAGACGUCAUAACUUACAAUGCUCUUAUCAGCGGACUGUGUAAAUGUCGAAAGCUCGACAAAGCUUAUGAGCUUCUCAAUACAAUGUUUCAACGUGGUCACAUGCCUGAUCAAACAACUUAUCUGCACAUCCUGCUAGCUCAUGAAAAGAAGGAGCAAUUAGAAGAAUGCAUUGAGCUUGUGGAGAAGAUGAAGAAGACCAGCUGUUUCCCAGAUACAAAAAUGUACAAUACUUUGAUUCGUUUGGCAUGCAAGCUGGGGGAAGUGAACGAAGGGAUCCGACUAUGGAAUGAGAUGGAAGCUAGUAGGCUUAGUCCUGGCGUAGAUAGCUUCACCGUGUUGGUUCAUGGCCUAAUUGAGCAGGGCUGUUUGGUUGAAGCCUGCAACUAUUUCAAAGAAAUGGUAUCUAGAGGUCUUCUUUCUACUCCGCAGUAUGGUACCUUGAAGGACUUACUAAAUUCUCUCAUACGAGCCGGCAAGCUGGAAUUGGGAAAAGAUGUUUGGGAUUGUAUUGUCACAAAAGGAUGUGAAGUGAAUGUGUAUGCAUGGACUAUCUGGAUACAUGCAUUGUUCUCAAGAGAUGUGAAAGAGGCCUGUUCUUACUGCCUGGAAAUGAUGGAUGCUGGGGUGAUGCCGCAGCCGAGUACAUUUGCAAAGCUAAUGCAGGGCCUGAGGAAACUGUACAACCGAGAAAUAGCUGCUGAGAUAACAGAGAAGGUGAGGAAAAUGGCAGCGGAUAGGGAAAUGACGUUCAAAAUGUACAAGAGAAGGGGAGAGAGGGACCUGAAAGAAAAGGCAAAAGCUAAAACUGAUGGGAGAAAGAGGAGAGCCCGAAGGCGCCAAUGGGGUAAAGGACAUAGUAAAGCUGAUAUUGUCAUUUGAAUGUUUCAGUCUGAGUUUGGAGAUGAAUGCCGUGGUUCGACUUCAUCUGGUUAUUCUUGUUGUCUCAGAGUAGUUUUUCUUUCCCGUUUUUCCGUAUAGAGAGAGGACCGAGGGUUUCAGCUUUCAACAGGGGAACAAUUCUUCACUGCCGGUUGUUUCCCGGCGCAUAGAGCCGCAUUCACAGUAGUAUUGCGGCCAAACAUUUCCAAUUCACAAGCACAUCUACGAAGCCUGAAUUGGGAAUUUAAGAAGUUGAUUGCCAGCUUCUUAUCCUUGACCACCACUUCUCCACAUGUUAUGUGGCAAGAAAGAUGCGAAAUCAACUGGCGGCGACAGGCUGCGACCAUACAGAAGAUGCGGCAACAAUGGGACUGCGCUGCUCCUCUCGUCAUCAUCUCUCAGGUUGUUGUUGUUGUUGUUGCUGACCACAACAACAACCCUACGGCACAGAGGACAGGUCUGGUUCUUCCUCAACCAGACAAGAAUACAAUCUUUGUGGAAUACAUGGGAACAACAAGGCUCCAGGCGAAUGAUCCCAUCUCCUCCAGCAAGUUCUGCCAGACACACCGCGCACAACUCCUCCUCGCAACUCCCGCCUUCCCACUUUUCCGACUUCAACAUCCGAACAUCAUUCUCCGAUAGUCCCACGGGCCCACCAAAAUCACCACUGUCAUCAUCAAAGUACACUGUUUCUAAAUCGACAGAGACAAAAACCCCGGCUCGGGCAUCGGGUAGCAUAGAAGCACUGUUCAAAGCGCCUCGGACCAAACGGUGGGUGAGUUCGCGGUGAAUCUGGGCUGGGUCCAAGCCAAAGUGAUGGACGAGUACGCCGGAGACAAAGGCAGACGCGUCCUCGUACGAAGCCAAAAUGCGGUGGUGAUCGAACCGUUCUGUAGCAUAUUGGAUGAUAGGGUCGCCGCCGGCGGCGGCAGCUGCCUCAGAUUUGUAGGCCAUCUUUAUGCCUAUAAGGCCGCCGCCGGGAAGCGGGGAUGCGUGUGGGGGGCGUACCAAGUGGACGUAAGAAGCCAUAUUAUUUUGACUGUUUCUUGAGGGAGAAAAGAUUGAUUAUUUAGGAGGGU